AGCUGCGAGCAGAGGAGCAGCAUGGGGCGGUGCACAGCUGGCAUGAGCGCUCUGGAUUUGGACAUUCCCAGCCCCUCUAAGUCUCUGGUCUCGCUGCUUUCCCAGAAGGGACCAGCGUCGUGUUAGCCAUGGCUGGGAAGGGACAGGGUCCUGGCGGCAACCCUGCAGAGCCCCAGAUCAUCAAAGUGACAGUCAAGAGCCUCGAGGAAAGGGAAGAGUUUGCAGUGUGGGAGAACAGCACCAUCGCCGACUUUCGAGGCGAAAUCGCCAAGCGCUUCCACGCUCCCACCAACCUGCUCCUCUUGAUCUUUGCUGGGAAAGUUUUGAACGACCGAAAUACUCUCAGCCAGGCCCGGAUCCAUGACGGAUUCACCAUCCACCUUGUCAUCAGGCUGAAAACGAGAGCAGAGGACCAGGAAGAUCAGCAAACUAACGCCAGCACACAUGCUGCCACCCUUCCAGCUGGCUCAGCUGGUCUGGCAGAUCUCAGCAUGCUACCUGGGAAUGCACCCAGCAUUUUAGCUUUCCUAAAUGAGCUCCAGCAGCUGCUGGUGGUCAACCCUGAAAUGAUCCUACAGAGUCUGGAAAAUCCCUUUGUCCAGAGCAUGCUGUCAAAUGCCAACCUGAUAAAAGGGCUCUUAAGGGAACACCCCCUGCUCCAGCUGCUUGAGCAGCAGAAUCCAGAGGUCAGCCACAUCUGGAACAACCCAGCCCUCCUGCGAGAAAUGAUCGAGUUUGUUAGGAACCCAGGGAUGAUGCAGGAAAUACUGAGAAACCGGAGCCAGACUCUGCUGCUGGGUGGAGACAAAGUCUUGUGGCAAAUGCUCCCUGAUACUCCAAAGCCAACUCUGAAUGGACCACAGGCGCAGUGUGGGAGUGACCCACCCCAGAACAAGCUGCCCCCAGCAGGGGUCAGCCAACCGUCCCACCCUUUGCCGAAUCCUUGGGCCUCUCAGUUUGGUCCACAGAGUUGCAUCCCCCAUCACAACCAUGGCACUGACAUUGGGGGUAUUCAUGUCAGCAACAGCCCAAACUGCAGCACGGGGCAGAGCCCCUGGGUGCCGCCUGGAGUCGCAGCUGGGAUGUGUAACAUGACGGAAGUGCAGAACGCCUCGCAAGAGAUAGCCAGGAAUGCCCUGCCUUUCCGGAGCAUCCUGUCUGCCCCCUACAUGAGGAAUAUAAUGCAGGCCCUGAGCCAGAACCCCAGUCUCAUCGUGCACUUCAUGCUGAGUAACCCCCGGUUCAUUGGCAUCCUGCAUCCCCACCAAGAAGUAGCGCGGGAGCUCCAAGCCCUCCUCCAGCUGCUGCACAGCCCAGACAUGCCGUUAGUGAUGGCAAACCCGAGAGCCACCAAGGCUCUGUUCCAGAUUCAGCAGGGUUUCCAGACCCUGGGGCUGGAAGUGCUCAGGUUCGCCCGAGGCAGCGCUCCUGGCUCAGGGGCAGCGGGAAGCCUGGCAGAUGGCGGAUCAGUAACCGGGACUGGUUCUGAGCCACGUGAGAAUGCAAGCCCAGCCCCAGGAUCGGCCGAGUCGGGGUGCCAGCCCUGUAACGUUGAGCAAAUCACCCAGGGUCUUGCUCAAGCAAGCCCCCCGCUUCCCCAGACUCCAGAAACCCAAUUCCAGCAGCAGCUGGAGCAGCUCUACGUAAUGGGUUUCCUGAAGCAUGAAGCCAACGCACAAACUCUGAGAGCAGCUGGAGGACAUGUCAACACUGCGAUUGACAAAGUUCUGGGGUAGUGGGGUCCCCCAGGGGUCUGUAUUGGGAACACUAGUAUUCAACAGAUUCAUAAAUGAUCUGGGAAGAAGGGGAAAACAGUGAUAUGGCAAAGUUUGAAGAUGAUACAAAAUUA